CUCUCGUGUACCCGCCCUAUUUGUCUUCCACCGCCCCCAUCCACUGCAACAUUCAGGCAGGUUCACCUAAUGUUCUCGUGCAGGCUCGGUAACGCCGCUGCUGUGUUGGGAAAUACACGGUGAUUUGGGAGCGUUCCGAGUGUCAAUCAGCAGCCAGACCUCAAGCGACACUUCUACACUACAGACCCUGUAGAACAACACGACAAACAUGGCAGAUCCCAUGAACCAAUCUUCUCAGAUUUCGUCGUCACAAGGCCUUAACGAUGGACAUUCUGCAUCGUCCAAAGACUCGAAGUUUUCCGAUUCCUUUUUUUCUUCGCCUGUAUCUCUCAUUCAGUCUCCUCAAGACAAAAGAGUGGUACUGGGCUCUGAAAAACCUUCAGAGAAUUUGGCCACAUCUCUUCGCUUUUCUUCUCAGUCAAGUUCCUUUUCAUCAGUUGCUUAUGGAAUUGACUCUUCACCUGGUGACAACAUAGAUCAUACCAUCAAAGAGAAACGGGAACUUUUUGAGUCAUCUUUUGGCUUUCAAAAGCAGGACUCCCCUAUAAAGACAUCCCCAGUGUCUGAGAGAAUCAAAGCACUAGAAGCUUUAGCUGCAAAGCAGAAUGAUUUUGAUAGAAAUGAUGGGGGGUUUCCACAUUUUAAAGAGCGUCACUACGAGAAGUCCCCUACUGAAACACAUGGAAUUUCCUCCCGCUUGUCCUUCCAGAAAAGGACAAUAUCAAAUGAGCAGGAAUCUUCAGAAUUACCCUUUCAGAAAAGGAAAAUGUCAAGUGAGCGGGAAUCUUCAGAAUCGCCCUUUCAGAAAAGGACCAUGGCAAAUAAGCAGGAAUCUCCAGAAUCGCCCUUUGAGAAAAAGACCAUGUCAAAUGAGCAGAAAUCUCCAGAAUCACCCUUUGAGAAAACGACCAUUUCAAUUGAGCAGAAAUCUCCAGAAUCACCCUUUGAGAAAAAGACCAUGUCAAAUGAGCAGAAAUCUCCAGAAUCACCCUUUGAGAAAACGACCAUGUCAAAUGAGCAGAAAUCUCCAGAAUCACCCUUUGAGAAAAAGACCAUGUCAAAUGAGCAGAAAUCUCCAGAAUCACCCUUUGAGAAAACGACCAUGUCAAAUGCACAGAAAUCUCCAGGAUCACCCUUUGAGAAAACGACCAUGUCAAAUGAGCAGAAAUCUCCAGAAUCACCCUUUGAGAAAAAGAUCAUGUCAAAUGAGCAGAAAUCUCCAGAAUCACCCUUUGAGAAAAAGACCAUUUCAAAUGAGCAGAAAUCUCCAGAAUCACCCUUUGAGAAAACGACCAUGUCAAAUGAGCAGAAAUCUCCAGAAUCACCCUUUGAGAAAACGACCAUGUCAAAUGAGAAGAAAUCUCCAGAAUCACCCUUUCAAAAAAGGACCAUGUCAAAUGAGAAGGAAUCUCCAGAAUCACCCUUUGAAGUGCUUGGAGAGGAAAAGCAUGGAAGUGACUUUGAGGACACCGCUGACUGGAUGAGAGCUCACUUACCUCCAGCACCAAAUUUCAACAUUGAAGAUCCUGAUCUUGAUGAGGGAAAUGAUUUUCCUUUGCUGCAAGAGAGCCCAUCCAAAGUGAUGAUACCAAACAGUGUUGAUACAACUGAAGUUCCAGAAACUUUUGCAGGAGUUCCUGAUCAGUUUAUGGACCGUCCUAUCAAAGAGGCAGAUGACAUCAAUCAGUCGAAGGAUGAUGACAACAAGCAGUCAAAACAAGAGAGUGUUGAGGACGAUUCUGAAUUUGACCAGAACUUUUUACCAACAGCCUAUAUGUGGGACAAAAAAGAGAAAGCCGAUAUGGGCACUCAAGGCUAUCAGAUAUUCCCUGACAGUCAAGAGCUUCCUUCCUCUCCUGCUGCUCCUGCAGAUUUUGAGUCACCAUCACCCCCAGUAUCCCAACAGAUACAGCCUAGUUCUGCAGAACAUUACAAUAUUUCGAAGGGAAACUUGGAGCCUGCUGAAAUCCAGGAGAUAGACAGUUCUGGGGAGUCAGAUGAUACAGUGAUUGAAGAAACCAUGAGCAUCCCAACAGUGGGAAAUAAUGGCCUUGACACCGAAACCCACAAGGAAGAGGAGACCAUUCCAAACAAUGAAAAACUGCCAAUACAGGUACCUAUUAUUAACGUUAUUGAAACCGAGGAGCAAGUUUUAAGUGAUGAUGAAGAACCAUUUGAGGUGGAAGGAGAGGUGGAGGAGGAGAAUGAAGAGUGUCAGAUAUUGCAAGGUGAAGGCAAAAGGUCAUCCGACCUACAUGACUCAGAGGUUCAAGAAAAAGUAUCUGUGGAAACUCUACACGGUGAGCAUAAACCUGACCAUGGCAUUUCCUCUCAGACAAAUCAAACCAGCUCUGAUUCAGAGCAAUCUCCUGAGCACAAGGUGAUUGAAGUUGAUUAUGAAAGUGGCAUUUUUCUCCAGUCCUCUCCAGACUCUGGAGGCUUAAAUUUAGAGGACUCUCAAGAGCUUAUAUCUCAGAAUUUGGUGUCCUUUGAACCCCUUAAAGAGUCAUCCCUGGAAAAAGACAAGACAGCAGAAAUACUUUCUGACCUUCCCCCUGACAUCAGUUCCCCCUCAAAUGAGCCCAGUGAUGUAGAGACUUAUCUGGAUCAUUAUGCCAGUGAAGAGCUUGCUUUAAAAGACCAGCUGAAUUCGUCUUAUUUUAAGGAGAGCAAAGGUGAGAAAAUAGAACUUCCAAAGACAAGCUGCCUUCCAGAUAAUAAAAAUGUUCAAGAAUCCUUUGGACAUAUUACUGAUGAUUUCAACAAGACACUCAACAAAUGCAGGCUAGACUAUGAAUCUGUGCCUGAACUUUCCAUAUCUGACCUUUCAUCUGAUAUUCCUGAUGAUAUUGAGAUUACUCUCCCUCAAAACAAAAUGCCGAGUAACAAAAUGCCAAGUAUUGAUUCAGAAGAUCAAAAGUCAGCAGUAGAAAUCAAGGAUUCAACCUUGCAGGAACAGGAGGAAUUGCCAGUCCAGUCAAUUGAUCAACAACCACCAGUUCAAGAGAACCCACCUACACCAUUUCACUCUUUUUACAAUGAGCAGUCUAGCAAAAUUAUUGACGAUAUUCCUGGCCCUAUGGCAAAUGAGGUAACUGAGGGAUCAGUGAUAACUAAGUCUGAACCACGAGUGGUGACCACCGAAGAUCUUUUAGAUAGACCGGAUUCGCCAGAGACCCUGAGUGAUUCAGAGACGAUUGAAGCAGAAUGUUCAGUAACAGCUGCGACUGAUAGUUUCGUGGAGUUCAUGAGGGAGUGUCUUAAGUCACGGCAGGACGAGGAACCUGAAGUUCUCAGUCCUGGACGAAAAACUAUAGACCAGAAUCCCAAAUCUGAUGCUUCUGCUUCCACUCAAUCCUCCCCAGCAAUGAUUAUGGACUUCGAGCAAGAGCGCCUCACAAUUUCUGCUUUGAAAGAGCUCGGGAGCAGCCAAGAGGAGGAAGACGAGAAUAUUUCCACUAUGAAGACUGUCCUAAAGCCUGAUAAAGCUCCAAAUCCUACACCAAGUGCUGAGGUCUCCGUCACCUCAUCUUCUCACACUCCUCAAAAUGAGUAUCAGCCUGAUGCCUUACUUCCCAAAGAGGUAGAGGCAAUCGACAUUUGGGUAGCAGAGGCCUACCACCUUGCAGAGCAUGUCUUGACAGCAAUACUAACCCACCUUACAGUGACUGACCUGGUGCACUGGCGGGACCCUAAGAAGUCAGGUGUGGUGUUUGGAGUGUCACUGCUGCUGCUGCUUUCUCUGGCAGCGUUUAGCGUGAUCAGCGUGGUCUCCUACCUGCUGCUGGCCCUUCUCUGUGUCACCAUCUCUUUCCGCAUCUACAAGUCUGUCAUCCAGGCUGUGCAGAAGUCCAAUGAAGGACACCCCUUCAAGGCUCUGAUGGAGAAAGAUGUCACCGUGCCCCCCGAGACCUUCCGCAAGCACGUGGACGUCUGUCUCACCCACGUCAACCGUGCACUCAAGCAGAUGAGCCGCCUCUUUCUGGUCGAGGAUCUGGUGGAUUCCCUCAAGCUGGCAGUGGUUAUGUGGCUGAUGACAUAUGUUGGAGCGGUCUUCAAUGGCAUCACUAUACUCAUCCUCGCCGACAUCCUGCUCUUCAGUGUACCGCCCAUCUAUGAGAAAAACAAGACCCAGAUUGACCAUUACAUUGACAUUGCACGCACUCAAGUCAACAAUACAAUUGCCAAGCUACAAGAGAAACUCCCGGGAUCGCUGAAGCGCUGUAAAGCAGAAUGAUCCUCCUCUCCGAUCCCUCGUUACCAUGUUUACCAUCCUUCUAUCUUUAGCUGCCUCCCCUUACCCUAAGCCCCGCCCCCAUUCCUAUUUUUCCCUGUUUAACCCCACACCUUAAAACAACCAUCUGCACUGAACCAGCUAGUAUGUAAAAUCUAAAAAGCUUCUUGAUAUUCAAUGUUAACUCUGCAGCUUAUUAAUGAGCAUUAAGAAAAGAAGCUUGGGGCACCAGAAGCUGGUGUUUUUCAACACAAAAAGUGAUGUAAUGCUACUGGAUGCCCAUUGUGAUGGCCAGUGCACGGAAGGAUUUGUGAACUAGACUGAACUUCUUAUGACCUGGUUUUGAGCGUUGGGAUGGGUGGUGCUGUAGUAAUGAAUUAAGACAGGUGUUUGACUCAAAAGCGAAUGUCUGUACUUUAAAAAAAUGAACAUUUCACUAAAAAAUGCUGACAAAAAAAAAAAAAAACAUACUUUACCCCCUUUUCUUUCUUUGAAAAAUGUGUUUGUAUUCAUCUGAAAUGCACUGAACAUUAUUAGAUUGCAUGUUUUGAUCAGUCAGGAUGGAUCGGGACGCUAGCAGCAGUGAUGAUUCGGUCUAGUUCACUAUCCUCCCUGUUAUUGGUGCAGUUUUUUAAUUUUGUGUAUGUGUAUAUAUAGUUUGAUUACGACGGGCUCUUUGCUGUGAAGUAGUUAGUGUUGCUUUUUAUAUUUAAAAAUCAAAUAUACAGCUCUUGUAUGUCUCUUUCGCACCUCUUGCACUCAGUCAUCUGAGUUGAGUUCACAUGUAAGUGUUAUUGUUAUUACUCUUCAAAUAAUAGUUAUUAUAUUAUAUCUUGAUUAGGAUGGCUGCUUUAAAUCCCCUUUCUGACAUUGGCUGUGCAACAAAUAUUAAUAACCUUAAGAUUGAGUUAUGUAUAGGAUCGUCAGAGCACCAGAAUAUAGGAGAGAAAGGCAAUAAUUUUCUGCUUUAUGUGAAGUUGGCCCCACAAGUCAUCGAUUUUCAUUGAAACAGGGCCAGUGCCCAUCAUUCAUGUCAUUUAGAAAGCUAAAACUGUUUUUUUUCAGCAUUUCGGGGCAUCGUUUACCACCUUGGGCACUGAAGAAGUUUAAAUAUUUAAUAAGGCUACAAAGAAAUAUUAUUUUAGCUGGAUAAUUAUACUUACUAAUAUGUGGUAACACUGUUUUUCCUUAAGUCGAAACUCCACUGCAAGCACUGUUGGCUAUUAGGAGACAACUACAAGGCUGAGUUUAAUUCUGAAAGCGAAGGGUAACAUAAUGAAAAUAGUAAAAAUGGUUUCAGGUGGGCUGAAGUAUUUAAAAGCAAUGCCAGUCCACACAAAAACUACUCCAAUGCAUAUAUGCACACAGUCACAACACGAUAAAUGUCUCGUCUACCAUAUAUCAAUAGUCACAUUCACAUAGUUGUCUUUGUCACUACGUAGUCUGUCAUAUCCUGAUGGUUUUGCGUCCUUCGCUUAACAUUCCAGCUGAUGCAGUUGGAAGCAUGUUCACAUUGGAAAUUUGUUUAGAAGAGCAUCGAAAAUGAUUAAUACUAACAAGUUCCAUCACAUUUUAAAAGUCUGUUUUGUGAUUUUUAUGGCCCCUUUCUUGUAUACUUUGAUUUGCUAUUGAUUCCAUGAAUUUCUUCUUCUCUCUCUCACACCCUUUUUGUGUUGUAUGCAUGUUUACACACAACCAGAUUCAGACGAAUGUGUCUUGUCAUUGUGCUGCUUAACUAGCAUGUUCUACAGGUGAGAUCACAUGUGCGGUGUUGCUUUCGAAGAACAGGUCAAGCUCGGACAGUUUGUAUUGCCACAUUGUUUUCAGUUUAAGGGUAAAUUAUGACUAUAUAACUUCUUUUUUUAAUAGAUGCAGGCCUCUCUGUUUAGGUUAUUAUCUGCUUUCUUCUCUUCUGAGGUUCAGUUUAAUAUUUGGGUAUUUUUAUAACUUAUUCCUAUAGUACUUUAGCAUGUUUGCGGUUUCUUCUUUCCUGUGUUUCUCUCUGAGAAGGGUUGACGGAGGUCACAUUCUUUUUUCUUUUGACUCUUGAAGACUAGAUGUGGUGACUAACAUCUAAAUUCAGUCUGUUAGUUUUGAAUUAAGUUAAUAUGUGGGGAGGGAGAUGCAAACAGGAAAACUUGUGCUCCCUGUAAUGAUGUCAAAGUGAACUUAAUAAAAAUGACAAAAGCA